AUGUCUGAGCUAGUGCUAGAAACUGUGCAGGAGAUGGUUGGUAUGAAGCCUCCAAACUACACUUCCUAUGCCAAAACAAUGAGCAUCUUGGAGUUCUAUGACCUCAAAUCCUCCAUCUCCAAGUCUAUCAAUGCCACACUUCCUCACAUGACCCUAUGUGGAUACUCGGAAAAUCAAUUACAGCAGCUCUUCCCCUUGGACAGCCUUAAGAAUGCUUUCAGCAGUGCCAUUCAGGAAUUGCAUCCACAAUUAGAGGAAUUCUUCCAGAAGAAAAAAACAAAAGAGCUGUCAUCUAGUUCAGUUGAAGGCUUUGACUGGAUGGCCAAGGUUGGCUUGGUGAGUGACAAAUGCGCCAGACUUCAGGAGCCUUUUCUGCAGCUACAUCUCAGUCUCGACACCUGUACUCAAAAGACAUAUGAAAUGGACUGGGAGACUGUUUCCAUGUUCAUCAUGACCCUUGAGAGUGCUGCAAAGCUACUGUUAUAGGACUAGAAAUUCGAAAAUGAUCGCUGUGUACAUGAAACUUAUGCUGUGAAAAGAUGGAUG